AUGGAUGAUUCAUCCACUGAACCACCUGAUACUUCUUCGGUAGUGGUGAAAUCCAAAAAGAACAUAUCUCAAACCACACCAAUUAUACAGGAAAAUAUCCAUGGAACAAGAAUAUUUAGUGUAGAUGACGAUCCAGAAGAAGUUAAACAUGAUAUUCGGUACCUAGAAGGUCUCCAUGAUGGGUUCCACUACGCUUUGCAUACUCAGAAGUCUAGAAAUGCAUUAUCUGCAAUCAAAUCAGCUCCAAAUAUAGACAUUUUAAAUAAUAAUAAUAAUAACACUACUGUUAGCCUUGCUAAUCCUGUCACAAAUACAACUGUUCAAGGAUCUAGACCAAAACAACAUCGUAGUAUAUCUAAACUCGCUAUUUUGACUACUCCAGAUUCUGGUAUAGGUUUUGAUUUAAAUAAUUCUAUUAAGCAUGAAAUAUCUGAGAGUAAUCUUAAUUCAUUGAGAGGCAACAAUAGCAACAAUAAUAACAACAAUGUUGUUAGUAAUAAUAUCAUAGCUGCUAGUGCCCUUUUAGACAAUAUCUCCGAUAGAUAUAUUGUUCAUGAUACUUCCUUUCACGACCACAAAAAUACUAAUCACAGCAACAACAGCACAACUAAUAAUAAUAAUAAUAAUAAUAAUAAUAAUGAUUUGAGUAUUCAAGAGAUCCCACUAUCAUCCAAUUACACUGAUGAUCAAGAUUUGGAAUCAAAUCUACUAAACGCAAUCAACCAACUAAACAAUAAUAAUAUUAAUAAUAAUAAUGAUGAUGAUGAUGAUCAGGUCUCUAUAGCCUCCUCUAUUGAAUCCUUUACUUUAAAGGAACGACAAGACGCAAUCAAUAAAACCCAUCCCUUCGGUAUAAGAAUCUGGAAACCUGCUCUUUACAAAAAACAAAGAUCGGUACAAAAAGCUGCAGAUGAAGAUAUCCAUGAAACUAAACUUAAACAUAUAAGCAUCUAUGUGCAUCUCUCCAAUGUGCUCUGGUCACUCACUAUGGGUCUGACCUUAUUUGUCAUCUUUCUAAUGGCAUCGAUCUUAGUUUUCAUAUUGGGCGGAUUCACUCAAUCAUCCAGAAAUUAUUCUAAAGUCUUUUUCAAUUUAUCUAAAUAUUUGCUUUGGCCAUUCGGUAAAGUAGUCUUUCUUUUAAAAGAUGAACAUUAUUUGAAAGAGGAUAGAGGUGAGGGGAUAAGUGUUCCACAAUUCUACAAGUGGGUCACAUCCUAUGGUAACAGAUUGUUUUUCCAUCAAUCUCAAACUUUGUCCCCCACAGUAAGUAGCAAUGAAAGAUUACAGUAUCCUUCGUAUGGCUCUAUCCCUCUUUCAAAUAAUCAACAACAAACUGUGGUGCCCGGUAGUAGUAAAACACAUAACUCUACCACUUUUGCCAAUAAUCUUAACCUUAAUCACUCUGCUAACUCACCUGUUGAAAAUAGCACAUUACAACAAAGAAGAUUUUUUGGUAGAGGUGAAUGGACACUUGGUAGAAUCAUCUUUUAUACACUUUUCCACCUAAUAUUAGAACCCAUCGUCAUGCUCUUCGCACUGAUCACAUGGCUAUUUGUGUUCACUAUUCCCAUGAGUAAUAUUCUAUGGAAUUUAUUAUACCAUUUAAGGAAACAUCCUUUAGCAUUAGGUUUUAAGAAUUUGCAAAAUUCAUCCACUACCCUGAAUAACGUUGAUAAUGGAACGAAUAAAAAUAUCCUGUUAUGUACCUUUCGUUGUGCAGGAUGGCAUUAUUACAAAUUUACUGUAGAUGGUACAAAUGUCAUAGUGGUAAAUUUAAUAUUCUUGGUGUUUUUCACAAUAUUCGAUUUUUUUGUGUUGAAAUCAUACUUUAACAUCAACCACACUUGGUUAACAGAUGAAUCAAGUAUCUUUAUCCUUUGCUUAUCAUCAAUUAUUCCAUUGGCCUUUUAUAUUGGUCAAGCUGUAGCAUCCAUAUCCGCACAGACCUCUAUGGGUGUUGGUGCAGUCAUCAACGCAUUCUUCUCAACUAUAGUGGAAAUAUAUCUAUAUUGUAUCGCUUUGAAAAAAGGUGAAGGUCCCUUAGUGGAAGGCUCCAUAAUUGGUUCCAUUCUUGGUGCAGUUCUUUUAUUACCUGGGUUAUCCAUGUGUGGUGGUGCAUGGAACAGAAAGACGCAAAGAUAUAAUCCAGCCAGUGCAGGUGUUUCAUCUGCAUUAUUGAUCUUUUCAACAAUCGUGUUAUACGCACCAACAAUAAUUUAUGAAAUAUAUGGAGAGUAUACCGUAAUAUGUAUGGAUAAUGGAAACAGUAAUCACAACAGUAACAACAACAAUAAUACUGUGUAUGGUUUAACUAUGAAAAGUGCCACCAUGGCCAUAUUUUCAGAUCAAUGUUAUUUUAGACAUCCACCAUUAAGAUAUGAUAAUAUGUAUACAGAUAUUAUUCAACCUAUGUCCAUUUCAUGCGCAAUUGUGCUAUUCUUGGCUUACAUUAUUGGAUUAUGGUUUACUUUAAGAACACAUGCAAAAUUAAUUUGGGAACUACCUAUUACAGAACAGAUAAAAGAAAGUUCUGUCAAUAUUGAAGAUGGUGAACAUUGUUUAGAGAACGACAGAAAUCUAGCACAUGAAGGCCAUGAGGCACCAAAUUGGUCUAGAUCUAAAUCAACAUAUAUUCUUUUGAUUGCCACAGUACUAUACGCAGUGAUUGCAGAGAUACUUGUUGCCUGUGUGGAUUCUGUCUUAGAGGAUUUCCCUGGUCUAAGUCCAAAAUUCUUAGGUCUGACUAUCUUUGCUUUAGUUCCCAAUACUACUGAAUUUUUGAAUGCUAUUUCCUUUGCUGUACAUGGUAAUGUAGCACUUUCAAUGGAAAUUGGUACUGCUUAUGCUUUGCAAGUGUGUCAAUUGCAGAUUCCAGCUUUAAUUUUAUACUCAAUCAUUUAUACAUGGAAUAUAUCACGUCAAGACAUAAACAUCAAGAAACAAAUGUUUACACUAAUAUUUCCUAAAUGGGAUCUUAUUGGCUCCUUUGCAGGCAUAUUUAUGUUUACGUAUCUGUAUGCAGAGGGCAAAUCUAAUUACUUUAAAGGUUCAAUGUUGAUUCUUAUCUAUGUAAUUGUCAUGUUGGGAUUUUUUUACCAAGGCAUUUUAAAUGAUGGUUCCUUUGAUCCAAGAAAUAUAUAA